GUCAUGUGACCGCCAGGUCAGCUGACCCAGGCGGGACAGGAAGAAGAAAUUCCUGGCCCCGGACCGCCUGGAGAGAUGAGGUUCCGCUUCUGUGGUGAUCUGGACUGUCCCGACUGGGUCCUGGCAGAGAUCAGCACGCUGGCUAAGAUUUAUGAGAAGAUCCUGAAGCUCACAGCCGAUGCCAAGUUUGAGUCAGGUGAUGUCAAGGCCACGGUGGCGGUGCUGAGUUUUAUCCUCUCCAGUGCGGCCAAGCAUAGCGUGGAUGGCGAGUCCUUGUCCAGUGAACUGCAGCAGCUGGGGCUGCCCAAAGAGCAUGCGGCCAGCCUCUGUCGUUGCUAUGAGGAGAAGCAGAGCCCCCUGCAGGAGCACCUGCGAGCCUGCAGCCUGCGCGUGAACAGGCUGGCAGGCGUGAGCUGGCGGGUGGACUACACACUGAGCUCCAGCCUGCUGCGGUCCGUGGAGGAGCCCAUGGUGCACCUGCGGCUGGAGGUGGCACCUGCCUCGGGUGCCAAGGCCCAGCCUGUCACCAUGUCCCUCUCAGCAGAAAAGUUCCAGGUCCUCCUGGCAGAACUGAAGCAGGCCCAGACCCUGAUGAGCUCCCUGGGCUGAGGAGAACGGUGUUCAGGGCCCAUGCAGAGCUGCCCAGCCCGUGUCAAGUGGCUGCGCUCUGAACUUCUCUUCGGGGAGUGGCCUCAGGACACUGGGUACCUGGCCUCCAGGGUCCCUGGCUUCCGAGGUCCUCACUUGACAAUUCAGCAUAGGGAUUCUAAGGCCCUUUUUCCAUCAUUGCUUUUCCUCCCCAUCAGAGGCACUUGUCAACUGUUUCCAUGAGUCAGGAAGAAUAAACAGAAGCGUAAAGGAGCGUGUGCUUGGGUUUCUUUCUGGGUUUUUGUGAGAGAGCAAGUGACAUAAGGACCUCCUGGCCUAUCACUCAUUUUCUCCUCU